GCCAUCCACCAUUCUAGUGGACCCCAUCCUUCAGAUUUUGUCUUUCUGCUGUCUGCUGUCCCACUUUUCACCUUCCUUUGCACGCUGAACACACUGAACAACCGGUCAACAGCAGGGCAGGCAGUUCAAGUUCCCGUCUCGGCCACUGCCCGUGCAACCGCAAGUCUCUCGCUCGGGGACCUGCCUGCCACCCACCACCCACCCACUCUCCAAAUGUCGGUACCUCAUCCGAGUACCUCAUGUACCUUGGCCAGGUACCGGUACGUUUCCCACCUCCCUCCAUCACGCAGGCUGAGGAUGAGGAGCCCGCCCUUUGCAAGUGCGAGGAAGACGUCGACGGUGGAGGGUUUCCAGGUUGUUUCCGGCCCUGGCGUUUGCUGCCAUGGAUCUGCUCAAGUCGAGUCGAGUCGAGUCGAGUCAAACAAUCACGCUGCAUUGCACUCCUGCCCAUCCAUCUACUCCCUUCCCAUCCUUGACAUUGACCCGACCUUAAAGAGACACGCCUCGCCCACCCUUUUGUCAUGGAAAUGUCUAUAUUUCUCCGUACCACUCACAGGCUUUCAUCUUGGUUUCAUUACCAUAUCGUCACUUACAAGACUCCAUCUGGUUCCCAUCUAA